AUACCUUCUUAGCAAAGGGCUCUGCUACUCUGGACAAAUUGAAGGACCUCUGUAAUGAAGGGAAAGAACAUCCUUCCAUGCUUUUGCAGCUCUAUACACAGGCUGUCUUAGACAUUACAUAUUUUGAGGAAACCCAGCUUGUGGAUGAAGAUUUUCCAGAAGAAUCUUCCUUGCAGAAAGUUAAAGAACUUGUUUGUAUUCUUUCAGAACCAGAAGAGCUAAUGAGGGAAUGCAACAUAAAUGAAGAAACCAUCAGUGUCCUUGGUGCAGAGUUGUUAGAAUGUCUUUACUGGAGAAAAGGAGCCCUGAUUUACAUGUAUUGUCACACAGCAAAAGAAAGGAGUAAAUGGCUACGAGAAAACAUUGCCAUAUUUAAAAAGUGUCUUAAUGAUGGAGUUCAUUACUUGAUGAAGAUGCUUAGCUUUAGAUGCCCUCUUCAGCUAAAUGAAGAUGUCUUACUUCAAGAUAAAGACACAGCUAUAUUACUCAGUGAAGGCGUAUUUAGUGACACUCACUUACUGGCGAUGAUGUACAGCGGAGAAAUGUGCUACUGGGGACUGCAACACUGCGGAGAAGGGAAGCAGGAAAGACUUGAGACCGUAGAUUCAGUCUCUACCAGUGACCUGGUCUGCAGAUCACAGAGCAUGUCGCUGGAUUUCCGAGAAACGGGCAAAAACAUGUUAACGAAGUAUGUGGCUGUGUGUGAGGGACCUUUAAAAGGCCAAGGGUGGAACACAACAACUGCAAAACAGAUGUUGCAUUACUUUCUGAAAAGCCACAACUGA